GUAAUGUUUGUUUUGACUCUACGAAGCCUUUUCCUAGCUCAUUUGUGAAAAACAGUUAUAGCCUUCAGUCCUAGUUUUGAUUCACCUGCCUGUUUGCCUACCUGUGUAUGACCAUUGCCAGCCUGUGACCACAAUUCCUGCCUUCUAUGAAGGCGAAAUCAACACCUGCCACGCUCUGCGCAUCAAUCUACACUUUCUCCAUGAGUAUUCAUUACAAGUGCAGCGCGGAACGGCGCUAAAAUAGUUGUAGGCUUUUGCUUCUAACUUCAAUAUGCUCUUUAAAUAAGACCUACACCAUUUUUAACAGUAUAUCUAAAAAUAUUUUUAGAAUGUGACUCUCCAACAAUAAUUUACAUUUAGAGGAUUGGAGGACUCUAUAUUAAUAUCUAAGGUGCAUUUUAAAUUAUGAUCUCUGAAUAUCCCAGGGACUUUUAUAUAAUUCUAAAUGAAUUAGUAAUAAUUGCUUUGUUUAAAAAGUAAUGAUAUUUUGGAGAUUUGUUUUCACUUAACCUAGAGUGAGUGAGGAAAAAGGCCAUUCUUGAACAUGAGGUAAGACAUUCUCACUAAUUUGUAAAUAAAGCCAGUUUGUUAUUUAAAACUAUUUAUUUCUGGAGAAACCUACCUUGAUUAUUUAGCAGACAUCACUUGCUUAUAUUCAUUCAGUCAACACAUGUCUUAAGAAUAUCAUGGAAUAUUUGAACAUUUUUGUUUCUCCAUGCUUGUCUCAGAGCAGCGCCUAAUGGUGCUGAAAUAGACAUCCACAGUGGGAAGGCUAUGUAUUCUGUGUCCACUCGUGGUAUCUCUUUUCGGUUACACAUCCUUGGAAUAGCAGAACAGCAUAGCUGUCCGGGCGGCCCUUGCUAUGCAUGGUGAGCAGUUGGUCAAGUUCUGUUGUCAGAAGAGGAAUGGAAAUGUCAGGGUGAACCGCCACGUACUGUACUGUAUGUUGACUCUGCCUGUCAGAGGUGGAGUUCCAGAGCUCACAGGUGUGCCUGGCAUGUAUUGUGACUCCAUCUCAUUCCUCUCCCUUUUCAACGUGUGAGUGAGUCAAUGACAAUUCCAGCCAUUGACUCACUGAUGAAUGAAGAUGAUGGGCGAUCGGAAAAUGCAGUCUGGAAUCUGCUGGUAUCAUCAACAUCAACAUCGCUCUAAUCACAGAAGACAGUGGAAGUAACUUGAGUGGACUUAUGGAAAGGCUCGACCAGUCAUCAGCCAUGGCAUCUCUCAGCAGCUCUAACACAGCCUUUGCCUUGGAGCUGUACCACACUCUGGGUCAGACCAACACAGGGAAUAUCUUCAUCUCCCCAUUCAGUAUCAGCUCAGCUCUGGCCAUGGUCUACCUGGGGGCUAAAAGAGACACAGCUGCUCAGAUGGCAAAGGCUCUGUCAUUCAACUUCACCAAAGACAUUCACACAGAUUUCCAGACACUCAAUGCAGAUAUCAACUCUCCCUCUGCAACUUACAUCCUGAAACUGGCCAACCGUCUGUAUGGAGAGAAGACCUGCAACUUCCUGACCGAGUUCUUAGAAUCCACCCAGAAGUUCUACCGUGCAGAUAUGAAGGCAGUAGACUUCCUCGGAGCAGCAGAGGAGACCAGAGGACAGAUCAACAGCUGGGUGGAGCAGCAGACGGAAAAUAAAAUCAAAGAUCUGCUGAAGCCGGGGACAGUCAGUGGUUUGACAAGGCUGGCUCUAGUCAAUGCCAUCUACUUCAAAGGAAACUGGUUGAACAGAUUUGACCAGAAAGACACCAAAGAGAUGACCUUCAAAAUAAACCAGAGUGAGAGCAAGCCAGUUCAGAUGAUGCACCAGAUAAAGAAGUUCCCCUUUAACUAUGUCCCAGACUACAACCUCCAGAUCGUGGAGCUUCCCUAUGUGGACGAGGAGCUCAGUAUGUUUGUCCUGCUGCCUGAGGAGGCCACUGACGGAUCUGAUCCUCUCGUGAAGCUGGAGAGCGAGCUGACCAUGGAGAAACUAGACGAGUGGACCACCAGGUCCAACAUGGACACAGGCACGGACAUCAUAGUUUAUCUGCCCAAGUUCAAACUGGAGGAGGACUACGAGCUGAAUGAUCCCCUGGUCCAGAUGGGCAUGAAGGAUGUGUUCGUCGGGGGCAUGGCCGACCUGUCUGGGAUGAAUGGGAAGGGGGGACUCUUCCUGUCUACGGUGGCCCAUAAGGCCUUUGUGGAGGUGAACGAGGAGGGGACGGAGGCUGCAGCCGCCACUGCUGGGAUGAUAGCGUUCUGUAUGUUCCGAGAGGAACACUUCACGGCUGAUCACCCCUUCCUCUUCUUCAUCAGGCACAAUAAGACCAAAAGCAUCCUCUUCCUUGGGAGGUUCUCCUCUCCUCAGUAGAAUAGUAGUUAAAACUAGUAGAGAGGAUUUAACAUCAUUUACAACAAUUAUUUGACAGGGGCAUUUAACAUCAAUGAACAUUUCUGUAAAUGUGCCAUAUUUAGCCAGGUAGCUAGUUCCAUUAGCACUUGAUUUAAUCCACUAUAAAACCAAAUAAAGGAGAAUGUCUAAAUGA